CACACAGACACCCGCACAUACACACCUUCGCAAUCGCACGCUUCUCUUAAUUUAGCCAAAUAAAAAAAGAACCAGCUUUUUUUGGGCCCCAUUAGUUGUGUUGUUGGUUGCUGGUGCUAUACGAAUAAAAGGCCACGCGAUGAUAAGCUUUCUGUUCAUUGUAAAUCGCGCUCUCAGCAGCAGCACGCUGACCCUAUCGAGCAAGAAGAUGUCCGCCCCGGGACCACGCCCCCUCGUCCUCUGCGGCCCCUCGGGAUCUGGGAAGAGUACGCUCCUGAAACGCCUGUUUGCCGAAUUUCCCAACACCUUUGGCUUUAGUAUAUCCCAUACCACGCGGAAACCACGGGAAGGUGAGGAGCAUGGUGUGCACUACUACUUCGUGGAACGGCCCGAUAUGGAGGCGGCCAUCGCCGGAGAUGAGUUCAUCGAGACGGCCGAGUUUUCGGGCAAUCUCUAUGGAACCAGCAAGGAGGCUGUGCGGGAAAUCCAGGCUCAGGGCCGGGUCUGCAUCCUGGACAUCGAACAGAAGGGAGUGGAACAGAUCCGCCAAACGGAUCUCAAUCCCAUACUGAUCUUUAAUAAUCCACCGAGUAUCCAAGAACUGGAACGACGGCUGCGUCUACGUGGCUCCGAAACGGAGGAGUCGCUCAGGAAACGCCUAAAUGCCGCCCAGGUGGAACUCGAUUAUGGUCUGACGCCAGGUAACUUCCACAAGAUCAUCAACAACGUGGACAUCGAAGUGGCCUAUGAGGAGUUCCGUAACUUUGUGGUCAAGGAACUUAAGGAGCAGGAGAACCAGGGAGUGCCCAUCAGUCUGAAUUAAGGCAAGGACUCUUUGAACCAGUGUGCAAUGAUAUUAACCUCAGUAGGGUGGUGUAUAUAGUUUUCUUUAUAGAAAAAUUCGAGGGCAAGAAAAGUAAUCCAUGUUAAGCUUUUUUAUUGGAAACCAUAGGCCUUGUAUCAAGUUUUAAAUUUUAAACUAGAAGGAAAACCAGCUAUUCUUUAUGUGUUGUUAAGAUUACAGUUUUUUACAAACUUUAAAAUCAUUUAGAAUUAUACUGUCAGUGAAUUUAAUUUUUUUAUAAACUCACAGCCUUUACAUUAUUACCUUUUUAUGCAAAUUAAGAUUAGAUAUAUAUAGGCAUUUUAUUUUUUUUAAGACAACAUUAUCUUGUUAAAAUAAUCCACUAAGGAAUACCCUUUUCUAGUAAAACCAACUUUAUUUAGAUCAACCAUUAUUAUUUUUUCUAUAUGCCUUUAAUUGUGCCCCUUCAAGAGAAACAUAUUGAUUCAAAGCAAAAACUGCUUAUUUUAUUCAUAAUUUCUGAAGGAAGGAAAACAAUGUUAAGCGUUAGUUAAAGUAAAAACAGAUCUAAAAUGUUUUACCAAACGUAAACAGAAGAAGAUUGAUUGAAGACCGCCAAAGUUAACCCAUUUACAGCUGCGAACUUGACCUAUUGUUUCCAAUGAAAACACGCCAUAGAUUACAUUUCGUGCCGCCGAUUCCAAAAACACCCACCCUAAAACCACGUUGACUAAUGGCAUUUAUACUUAAGAAAUGGCUUGUAUUUAUUAUUCUCCUCCUGUCCACCUCACUGUUGUGCAAAUUCAUUGUUGUAGUUGUAAAUUUAAGCUGAAAGUUGUUGCGCCGACUUCACGGUCAAGAAAACCGGGGAAGGCAAUUAAAAUGGAAUCAAUAAAGCAAACAGUAUGCGGGUAUAUUGUA